AUGGACCACAGGGACCAUCUUCGCAAGGGCGAAGAUGCGAAACUGCUAGCCAGCCUGCUCUCAGGGUCUGCCUCCGGCCUGGUCGCCCGUUUUGCGACCGCUCCCAUGGAUACCGUCAAGAUACGACUGCAGAUAACGCCCAAGGGCGACCCGCUGCACGGCAGCGCCGGGGUGGUCGCGGUCGCCAGGCAGAUUGCGUGUCGCGAGGGCCUGCGAGGCCUGUGGAAGGGCAACGUCCCCGGCUCGCUGCUGUACGUGGUAUACGGCGGCGUGCAGUUCAGCACGUACUCGCUCUACAACAAGACGCUGAGCCCGCUCCGCUGGAGCGACCAGCUGCACAGUCUGGUGGUCGGCGCGCUCGCCGGCAUGUCGAGCUCGCUGGCGUCGUACCCCUUCGACGUGCUGCGCACCAGGCUGGUCGCCAACCGCAGCGCCGAGCUGUCGACGCUGCGUGCCGCAGCGAGACAGAUCUGCGCCGAGGACGGCUGGCGCGGCCUCUUCAAGGGCUGCGUCUCGUCGAUCGCCACCAUCACGCUCGCCACCUCGGUGCUGUUCUGCACCUACGAGACCGUCAAGAUCUUCGCCGAGCGCUGCGGCCCCGGCUGGGAGGCCAGCGCCCUCGGCGCUGCCGCCAGCCCGCUGGCCGGCGUCGUCUCCAAGCUCGCCACCUUCCCGCUCGACACCGCCCGCAGACGCAUGCUGCUGAGCAACGCCCAGCACCUGGCCCAUCACUCCGCCGUCUACAAGAGCUACCGCCGCCGCACGCUGCUGGCGGUCGCCGCGCACAUCGCCCGCCGUGAGGGCGUCCCGGCACUCUACCAGGGCCUCUCAAUGGCGCUCAUUAAGAGCGUCCCCAGCACCGCUAUCAGUCUAUGGGCUUACCAGUGGUUGAUGUCGCUUGCGGGCGGGUAA